AAGGCGGCAAACCGAAGCACGACAGCAGCAUCAUGGCUCCCACAUCCGCUGAAUCAGCCGGCGACCUCGCUCACGAUGUCCUCCGGGCACUGGCCAACACCGACCAGAUCCUCUCGACCGAGGCCUUCCCGAACGUGCCCUUUGAGACGCUCAAGGCCGCUCUCGAUCGCCUCUCCUCACGGUCCAUGGUCGUCUACGAGCAGAUUGAGCGACAGGAAGCCGUUCUCGAGCCCGAAGCCGAGGAGAUUGUCCAGCAUGGAAGCCACGAGGCUCGCGUUUUUGAAGCCGUCCACAAGGCCCUUGGCGGUCUCUCGAUCCAGGACCUGGAGACGACGAUUGGCGACAAGAACGUGACCAAGGUUGGCCAGGGCAAGGCCUUUAGGGAGAAGUGGAUCAAGAAGGAGGACAACAAGCUCGUUGCGCUGGUCGACUCGAUCGAGGACGUAACGAGAUCGCAGCUCCGCUUCAUCAAGGAGACCAAGUCGCACGACCCCAAGAUCAUUGCCGACCUGAAGAAGCGAAAGCUGCUCAGCACCCAAAAAGUCAUUUCCUUCAAGAUUUCCAAGGGCCCCAAGUUUGCGCUCGAGAUUGUCAAGGAGGAGACGGACCUGACGGCCGACAUGCUUGCGUCUGGAUCAUGGAAGACGGCAAACUUCAAGCCGUACAACUUCAAGGCCUUGGGCGGGCACCAGGCCUCAGGGGCUCUCCACCCUCUCAACAAGAUGCGACACGAGUUCCGGCAAAUCUUCUUCGAGACUGGCUUCACGGAAAUGCCCACCAACCAGUACAUCGAGUCUGGCUUCUGGAACUUUGACGCUCUCUUCGUUCCUCAGCAACACCCUGCCCGAGACUUGCAGGAUACCUUUUACAUCUCCGACCCCAAGACGGCUGGCCGGCCCGGACCCACCUCUGCAGAUGAUAAGCAAAACUACGAAGAGUACUUUGAGAACGUAAAACAGGUGCACGAGAAUGGAAAGUACGGCUCUAUUGGCUACCGAUACCCCUGGGCCGAAGAGGAGUCAUUAAGACUUGUCCUUCGCACUCACACAACCUCUGUUUCGGCGGCUAUGCUAUACAAGUUGGCGGCGAAGAAGGGUCCGGACGGCCGUGUGCCUCCUGUCCGUUAUUUCUCCAUUGACCGCGUUUUCAGAAACGAGGCUGUGGAUGCGACACAUCUGUGCGAGUUCCACCAGGUAGAAGGUGUCAUUGCCGACUACGGACUGACCCUUGGUGGUCUGAUGGAAUUCUUCGAGACCUUCUUUGCCAAGAUGGGCCUGACAGACCUCAAGUUCAAGCCAGCUUUCAACCCCUACACAGAGCCCAGUAUGGAGCUCUUCAGCUACCACAAGGGCCUGAAGAAGCUCGUAGAGAUCGGCAACAGUGGCAUGUUCCGACCGGAAAUGCUCGAGGCCAUGGGCCUGCCCAAGGAUCUGAGAGUCUACGGCUUCGGUCUCAGCUUGGAGAGACCGACGAUGAUCAAGUACGCCAUUUCAAAUAUCCGCGAGCUGCUGGGCCACCAAGUGGACCUCAACUUCAUCGAAAGGAACGCGGCUGUACGAUUGGACAAAGAUUAGAA